AUGUCUGACUACGAGGAAGCGUUUAACGACGGUCCAGAACACUUUGAAGACUUUGACAACGAGCAAUUCUCAGAUGCUGAGGUGUAUGAAGCUCCAGAAGAAUUCAAGGAUGGCGAGACUAAGGACGAAAACGGAAAAACUAUCAUUGCUGGCGGGACAGGGAAUGAGGACUUCCAACUGCAGCAAGAGAGUAAUCGCAGAAGAACGCUAAAGGAAAAGGCUAUUCCCAAGUCUGAGAGAACCACCACGCCUUACAUGACCAAAUACGAGCGCGCCCGUAUUCUCGGGACAAGGGCCCUGCAAAUAUCCAUGAAUGCGCCUGUGUUUGUGGACUUGGAGGGUGAAACGGAUCCGCUGAGAAUCGCCAUGAAGGAGCUUGCCGAGAAGAAAAUCCCGCUAGUGAUCAGAAGGUAUCUGCCCGAUGGUUCGUUCGAGGAUUGGAGUGUUGAGGAGUUGAUUGUCGACCUGUGA